AUGAAUAGCGAAUUAUUGAAAAAAGUCGAUUGUUGUCUACAGUUGUUUCGAGUUAGAUCAUCAUCAUCAUCAUCAUCAUCAUCAUCAUCAUCAUCAUCAUCAUCAUCAUCAUCAUCAUCAUCAUCAUCAUCAUCAUCAUCAUCAUCAUCAUCAUCAUCAUCAUCAUCAUCAUCAUCAUCAUCAUCAUCAUCAUCAUCAUCAUCAUCAUCAUCAUCAUCAUCAUCAUCAUCAUCAUCAUCAUCAUCAUCAUCAUCAUCAUCAUCAUCAUCAUCAUCAUCAUCAUCAUCAUCAUCAUCAUCAUCAUCAUCAUCAUCAUCAUCAUCAUCAUCAUCAUCAUCAUCAUCAUCAUCAUCAUCAUCAUCAUCAUCAUCAUCAUCAUCAUCAUCAUCAUCAUCAUCAUCAUCAUCAUCAUCAUCAUCAUCAUCAUCAUCAUCAUCAUCAUCAUCAUCAUCAUCAUCAUCAUCAUCAUCAUCAUCAUCAUCAUCAUCAUCAUCAUCAUCAUCAUCAUCAUCAUCAUCAUCAUCAUCAUCAUCAUCAUCAUCAUCAUCAUCAUCAUCAUCAUCAUCAUCAUCAUCAUCAUCAUCAUCAUCAUCAUCAUCAUCAUCAUCAUCAUCAUCAUCAUCAUCAUCAUCAUCAUCAUCAUCAUCAUCAUCAUCAUCAUCAUCAUCAUCAUCAUCAUCAUCAUCAUCAUCAUCAUCAUCAUCAUCAUCAUCAUCAUCAUCAUCAUCAUCAUCAUCAUCAUCAUCAUCAUCAUCAUCAUCAUCAUCAUCAUCAUCAUCAUCAUCAUCAUCAUCAUCAUCAUCAUCAUCAUCAUCAUCAUCAUCAUCAUCAUCAUCAUCAUCAUCAUCAUCAUCAUCAUCAUCAUCAUCAUCAUCAUCAUCAUCAUCAUCAUCAUCAUCAUCAUCAUCAUCAUCAUCAUCAUCAUCAUCAUCAUCAUCAUCAUCAUCAUCAUCAUCAUCAUCAUCAUCAUCAUCAUCAUCAUCAUCAUCAUCAUCAUCAUCAUCAUCAUCAUCAUCAUCAUCAUCAUCAUCAUCAUCAUCAUCAUCAUCAUCAUCAUCAUCAUCAUCAUCAUCAUCAUCAUCAUCAUCAUCAUCAUCAUCAUCAUCAUCAUCAUCAUCAUCAUCAUCAUCAUCAUCAUCAUCAUCAUCAUCAUCAUCAUCAUCAUCAUCAUCAUCAUCAUCAUCAUCAUCAUCAUCAUCAUCAUCAUCAUCAUCAUCAUCAUCAUCAUCAUCAUCAUCAUCAUCGUACACUUCUUGAAAUCACUACAUACUUUGCAUUAUAUAUACAAAUGAAAAACCAGUCAGCUAUUCAGCUACAACGUAGGACCAGGCACAUAUAUGCAUCCGUCCAAGUUACCAUCAAGUUGAACACCGGAUUCAUAGAAGCAGUUAACUCAAUGGUGUAAUAUAUAAAAGAAAGAUUGCAUAUAAGGACAU